GUGUUGGCUUUGAGGACGGGAAGAGGCACGGCCGCUGUCCGUGGGGCGAUCGCUUGAAACUCCAGCAGUGCGCCCGGGCACCGGGGCUGGCGGAGUGCUCGUCGCAAAGCAGCUGUGAGGGGACUCAGGAAGGGGAGAGAACCGGGCCGCAUGUGCGAAGUGCGGAAUGCAUCUACACUAAACACUUAUGCCUGGAUGGGAGGCAGAUACACUUGGAAAUUUAUGACCCUUGUUCACAGCCACAGCGGGGGAAGCUCUCCCUCACAGACAAGCUCCACUGGGCUGAUGGAUUUAUCAUUGUUUACGACAUCAGCGACAGAGCAUCAUUUGCAUUUGCAAAAGCGUUGCUGUACAGGAUUCGGGAGUCCCACAUAGGAGCUUGCAAAAAAAUGGUCGAGUCAUCAGUAUUUUUGGUCGGUAAUAAACAGGAUUUAUGCCACAUGAGAGAAGUUGGCUGGGAUGAAGGUCAAAAGCUGGCGAUUGAUAACAAGUGCCAAUUCUGUGAACUGUCUGCAGCAGAACAUUAUCAGGAAGUUGUGGCAAUGUUCACAAAAGUCUUGAGGAAUAUCACCUCAAAUUUCAAAAUGAAGGAAAAGAGACGACCAAGUGGAUCAAAGUCAAUGGCCAAGUUAAUCAACAAUGUGUUUGGAAAGAGAAGGAAAUCUGUGUAA